AUUCCAAACGAUCGCUGCGCAGAUUUAGCGCUUCGUUUGUUGGCUCGAUAUUUAUCAUCGGCCUUGAAGACAUUUGUGGACGUUUGAACUAUGAGCAGACCAUAAUAUAAAAUACACAGAUUACAACCAAACAUGUGCGCAUCAAACACCUUAAGCAAAGCUGAGAUCAUCACCGCAGUAUCUGUGUCAGUUGGAGCUGCUGCUGUAGGAAUCCUCAUUUACAGAACCAUCUGUAAGAAAGACACAUGUGUGAAGCCAAAGGUGAACCUUGAUCUGCAGAAAGACAACCCCAAAGUGGUGCAUGCCUUUGACAUCGAAGACAUGGCCGACAAAGCCGUUUACUGUAGAUGCUGGAGAUCCAAAAAGUUUCCAUACUGUGACGGCGCACACGCGAAACACAAUCAGGAAACGGGAGACAACGUUGGUCCUUUGAUCAUAAAGCGCAAGGAGGCUUAAAACGUGCGCUGAGCUGCUCACAACAGUCAAUUCAUAGAGAUUAGUGUCUUUACAUGUGUGCUCAGGUUUGGUGAUAUUGUCUGGUUAUUUUAUUCUGUGUGCACGUGUUUGAUCAUAUAAUAUGUACGGUUGACCGGUUUAGGUGAACUGACCAGUAGUCUGCCAAUAUGUGUUGGUACUUGGCGAAUUUUGGAGUAGAUAUCUGGGUAUAAUUAAAGAAUGCAUAUAUUUUUUCCUCUUCAUCUCUGUAGACUUCAUUGGAUUUCAGAUGUGUUAUCAAACGUUCUCCUAAACAUGCUUAAACACUGGUUAUAGAUUAAAGCCACUACAUUAGUCCAGAGAGUUUACACACUACUGCUCGUAUGAGAUUUCCGGAGCCUGGAUGAGCAACAUAUAAGUGGGGAGAUUGUUUUAAGAGAUAUGAAUGUGUAAUCUGUAUGAAAUUAAAAUGGCCACCUUCAUGUGUGCUCUUUGCCUGAUAUAUGUCACCCGUGACCUUAACGGAUCAAUCACAUUCUAUGUAUUUAAGGAUUCUAUUUUUUGAACCAUAAUCACUAAAUAUGACAGAUCUACAUUUAUUCACUUAUAUUUUUGUCUUGUCAUUUAGAAAGAUGUGCUCUCUAUAUUUGUUUGUAUGUAUUAUCUAUUUCCAUAACAGGCCAGAAAAUCAGGUUUUUGGGGGCAUGGUUGAAUGUUUGUUUUUCCUCUCAGAGAAGUACACUGUCAUGUUUGAUAUUUAAUAAACAAUGUCAAACGAA